AUGAGAAGUAAGGAAAAAUAUAGUAAAAUAAUUUUUCCAAUUCUUCGUCGAUAUAUAUUCUCAUAUAAGCGAAUUGCUAAAACAAAUGGAUCCAUUCAAUCAUUUCUUGUUCAUGCAAUGGAAAAACGUAGAAAACGAACUCAGCAAGAUGAUAUAAGACUUGAACCAUAUGUUUCAAAAGGUGUUUAUACUGAGUCAGGAGCUAUUCGACCAAUGCCUAAACGAUAUCCACUUGGUAUUAUAAAAGUUCUACUUGUUUCAAUUCCAUUUCUUUAUCUUGGUUCACUUGCAAGCAAAUAUGCAGCAAUGGGUCUUGAGAAAAUGGAUGUAUUUAUUUAUACUGAUGAUGAUGACGAUGAUGAUGAUUAA